GGUGGGCGUUUGCCGUCUAUUCAUCGGUGAAAGAGACUGGAUUUCGGGUUUACGAGUCUUCAUCACUUCACCCCCACUGGAUUCGGCGUAAACGUGUUCUUCUACCUCUCUCCGUCGCCUACCCACUGUAAUUCUUAGCCCAAUUCUCCAUUUCUCAAAAACCCACUUCUAAAUCCUACCCUUUCUCCUUUCUGGGCUCCACCCCUAGCAUUAAUGGCGCCAUACUCGAACUACUUUCCCCAGAAUGUCACGCCAGUUUCUCCAUUACUCACCAAGACCUAAUUGCUUUCUCCGCUCCUGAUGACUCUAGGGUUUCUCUAUCAUCUCUGUUUACAUACUAAACCUUCAUUUUCUCUUUUAAAAUGGCUCUAAAGGCUUCUACAAUCUGGGUUUCCGCCGACCGUUGUCGUACUCAAUUCGGUUUGACCUCUUUAGGAUCCCAUCGUUCUGGGUCACCUUUCAAUCUAAGAUUCGAUCUUGAAAUUAAUCGGAAAUGGGAGUGUUGUGCGUCCCUAACUCAUACAGCAAUUGAAGAUGAUCAGGAGAAACUAAGACCUGGGGUUAUCUCAAUUCAUGGUAAUGUUGAUCAUCAAAUUACUGAAACCAGAGGUCUCCUUAAGGAUCUGAGUUCUCUUCCAAGACCGCUAUCUGCAAAUGAUUUUUCGCCUUCUGUUGGCGAUGUAUCCAAAGUUCGGGUUGCUUAUCAGGGAGUUCCUGGUGCUUAUAGUGAAGCUGCUGCAAUAAAAGCAUACCCGGAAUGCGAAACUGUACCCUGCGAUCAAUUUGAGGCUGCGUUUCAGGCGGUUGAAUUGUGGUUGGUAGACAAAGCGGUUCUUCCAAUUGAGAAUUCGGUGGGUGGAAGUAUUCAUCGGAAUUAUGAUCUUCUACUCCGGCAUAGACUUCACAUUGUAGGAGAGGUUCAGUUGGUUGUUAAUCACUGUCUAUUGGCAUUACCCGGUGUCAAGAAAGAGGAAUUAAAACGCGUUUUAAGUCAUCCACAGGCACUUGCUCAAUGUGAAAUGACGCUGCAUAAAUUGGGAAUAGUUAGGGUGAAUCAUGAUGAUACUGCCGAUGCAGCUCGGACUGUAGCUACUGAAGGUGUAAGAGAUGUUGGAGCUGUUGCAAGUGCUAGAGCUGCAGAUAUUUAUGGCCUUGACAUUGUUAUUGAAGGAAUACAGGAUGAGUCGGAUAAUAUCACCCGUUUUCUGAUACUAGCAAGAGAACCUAUAAUUCCUGGCCCAGAUAAAGGCUAUAAGACGAGCAUUGUCUUCACUCUAGACGAAGGUCCUGGAGUGCUUUUCAAAGCUUUGGCAGUGUUUGCUCUAAGGGGUAUCAACUUAACAAAGAUUGAGAGUCGACCUCAAACGAAAAAUUGGGUAGGGGUCAUUGAUGACACUGAUCGAGGAAAUACCAGCAGGUACUUUGAUUAUCUCUUCUAUAUUGACUUUGAAGCUUCAAUGGCGGAGCCUCGAGCACAAAAUGCACUCGGACAUCUUCAGGAAUUCGCUAGAUUCAUUCGAGUUCUUGGUUCUUACCCUAUGGACACUACUAUUCCAUGAAGAGAUUAUCAAUAUCUGUUAUAUGUUCAUACACUUGGUUUCCAAGUAUGGAAGACAAUUUUCU